AUGCCUGGAAGGCUGUGGUCCAAGGCCCUUUUUACUGGCUAUAAGAAGGGUCUCCGGAACCAGAGGAAGGAGCACACAGCUCUUCCUAAAAUUGAAGGUGUUUAUGCUCCAGAUAAAACUGAAUUCUGUCUACGCAAGAGAUGUGCUUAUGUAUACAAAGCAAAGAACAGCACAGUGACUCCUGGUGGCAAACCAAACAAAACUAGAGUAAUCUGGGGAAAGUAUUCUGCUCAUGAAAACAGUGGCAUGGGUGCCAAAUUCCGAAGCAACCUUCCUGCUAAGGCCAUUGGACACAGAAUUCAUGUGAUGCUAUACCCUUCAAGGAUUUAA